AUGUCAUUCAAUUCAUCUAUGACUGAUAUUAAUUCUAUUCAUCGUCGUCAGAGUAAUUCAUUUAUUAUUCAACAACAACAUUUGACAAGUGAAAAAAUCAAUAGAAAAAAUUCAUUAAGAGAUGAAUUACCAACAAAUGAAGUAACACUUCAAAGACAUUUAGGUCUAUUCUCAGGUGUUUGUUUUAUUGUUGGAAUUAUUAUUGGUUCUGGUAUAUUUGUAUCACCGAAAGGUGUUUUACGUGGAACAGAAUCAGUUGGUUUAUGUUUAAUUAUUUGGAUUGGAUCUGGUCUUCUUUCUUUGCUUGGAGCAUUAUGCUAUGCAGAAAUUGGUACAGUGAUACCAAGAAAUGGAGCAGAAAUAGCUUAUAUGAAAGAAGGUAUUGGUUCAGUUCAUGAGCGAAUUGGUGAAAUAUCAGCAUAUCUAUUCAAUUGGACGAGUGCACUUAUUCUCAAACCAGCAAGUAUAGCUAUUCUUACACUUACUUUUUCUCAAUAUUUUUUAUCUGGUAUUCUCAUAGAUUGUGCUCCAUCAGAACAACUUGUCAAAAUGACAGCUGUUUUUACUCUUCUCAUACUUAUGAAUAUCAAUUCCAUUAGUGUAUCUGCAGCUAAUCGAUUAAAUAUUAUCUUUGUAAUUUGUAAAGUAGUAACUAUUAUAAUAGUUAUCAUAGUUGGUAUUGUACGAAUUGCACAAGGACAUACAAAAUAUUUACAAAAUGGAUUUGAUGGUACAACAACAAAACCAUUAAAUGUUGCACUUGCUUUUUAUUCAGGCCUAUGGGCAUAUGAUGGAUGGAAUAGUUUAAAUUCAAUAACUGAAGAAUUGAAAAAUCCAAAAAGAAAUUUAUGGUUAUCUAUAGUAUUAGCAUUACCAUCUGUUAUAAUUCUUUAUCUUCUUACAAAUAUUUCAUAUUUUACUGUAAUGGAUAAAGUAACAUUACUUAAUUCAAAUAGUGUUGCUGUUACGUGGGGCGAGGUUGCAAUAGGUCCCGUGGUGCGUGCUUUACCAAUUUUAGUAUCAAUCAGUGCAUUAGGUGGUGGUAAUGGAUCUCUUUAUGGUUCUGCACGUUACUGUAUGGUCGGAGCUCAAUAUGGAUAUUUACCUGAAGUCUUUGCUUGUAUUCAUAAAAAAAGAUUGACACCAAUACCUGGUGUUGUUCUUGAGGGUCUUGUUGCAAUAGCUUUGUGUAUGCCAGGCAAUGUUGAAGGACUUAUUGAUUUUUUUAGUUUUGCUGCAUGGAUUUUUUAUGGUUUAACGUUUUUAGCAACACUUUUUUGUAAAUUUACAAUGAAAAAAGCUGAACGAGUAAUAAGUGUUCCAAUACCAUUGAUUAUUCUUAUCAUUCUUAUUUCAAUCUAUUUGGUAAUUGCACCUGUUAUUGCU